AUGUCCUCGCUUGAAAACUCAUCCUCCAAGCCUUCGCCUGGGGGCACAAGGAUUGGGUGGCCACCUCAGUGGACCUUGUCGAGGUCACGGAAGCUGGCCAGACUGUAUGUCUAUACGACAUUGUCCAUCGGAAGGAUCAUUAAAGUAUUAGGUGACGAUCUCUUCGCCCCCCGAAAAAAUUCGGCCCAAAAGACAGUGCAUAAAAUGCUUGACCAUGACCCCCGUCAUCUGCGGCCCGAGUCACGCGUUGAGAUGGAUCAACGCAUUGACAGUCUCUCAAAGUCUACCAUUCGGAAGCGAACACCGGGCAAUAUCACUAGCCGACUACAUCCUACCUCUGAGGUUCAGCGAAGGAUAUCCGACUGUUCGACGCUAUACGCCGAGAAGGUAUGCACUUUACUGGACAACUUCACGAUAGCAAGCGGGUCGGAUCUUGAACACAUACAACGACACUCUUGGUUGGCUGAGUCUUGCGAGUUUCCAGUUACGGACAUUGGCGCCGUCGGGGUUUCUCCCACACCGGGCUUUGCGGUACCAGGUGAUUUCCUGACUGCCCAUACCUUGAACUGUGCUGAACUUCGAGCAUCCGGGCAUGGUAGUGGGACUUGCUGGUGCGCAAUAGUAGCGGAAACGACAAGAGAAGAAGGCUCAUGGUUGAUACCAACCGGAGAGAUACGGGACAAAGUUAGCGACCUGGUCAGAAAUCCAUCACCGGAGGCCGGUAACGCCUUGGGCUUCACCAACACUGCCAACCAGACAUUUCUUCAUGUUUUGAGCCCCGAAUGGUUUACCAACGUUCCAAGCGCCUCGUCGUCUUUGCAAAGACUUCUUGACGUCGUCCGUCCCUCUAAUCCGGACAUCUUUCACGUCACCGAUGUCUAUGGCCGCACCUUCUUCCACCGGGCGGCAUCCCUGGUAGCAGACCGGGAGGUUUUGACCGAUAUCCUAGCAUACUGCAAUAUUCCCAUUCUACUAUCUCGAGAUGCAUUCGGCUUUGAUCCAGUCGCCGAUGUACAGCCGGACCCGACUGUUCUACAACCUGAAAGUACCAUCCACCGUAGCCCCACCUCCUACUCCCCUCGCCAACUCCCCAUCGGCUCGAGCAUGCCGUACAGAGUCCCCUCCCCCAGCGUCAGCGUUUCUGGUAUCCCCUCUCGAGCAGACGAAGGGCCCUUCCUAGCAUACCAUGCCCGCUUAAUCCGAAUCAUUCACUCGGCCUAUCCCAACCCUCUUGUCGAGGACUCCGAAGGUCGUAACGGCUUGCACUGUCUGGCAGAAGCCAUCAUCAACCAACAAAGCAUGGAUAAACAACGUUCCGCCCUAUCAACCACCUCCAGUAGCCGUCCCCAUAGGCGUAGCACACAUUCAUCACUCUCAUCGGAACUCACUCCUAUCCACAUCAUCCAGUCAACUGGCCACACUUCCCACCCCUCUCCUGUCACGAGUACCUUCGAGAUAGUGACAGAAAACGAGGACCCGCUUCCGUCUCGCCUCCGCCACUUACGGUCCCUCCUUCAUCCUUCAUCUGAACACAACGCUGUAGGCGUAAGCCCAAACGCGUAUGACAAAUCUGGCUUCACUCCCCUUAUGGCCUUCAUGCAGCAUAUUCCUGAUCACGAAGACGAUAAAUCUCGCACUCUUCAAAGCAUUCUCGAAACACUUAUAAGAGGUGGAGCGAGCAUUGAAGCGAGGAACAGAAGGGGAGAGACACCCUUGUUGAUGGCAGCGAGGCUGGGAAGAAAGACUGCUCUGAGCGUGUUGUUGGAGCAGGGGGCCAACAUGCGAGCGAAAGACAGGUGGGGUAGGGGGGUAUUGGAGGUUCUGGACUGGGGGGUCUUGGAGUGUAAUGGUUCUGCUAGUAAAACCCAGGAAGAAAGCUUAACUGGCAGAGAAAAGGGGAUAAAAGAGAGGGAGGAGUUGGCGCUAUAUGCUAGGUUGGAGGCUUGUAGAGAUUUGUUGACGAGACGGAUGGUUAGGGGAGUUGGGUACGUGAGUGAGAAGGAGGAGGAUGGGAUGGGCGUGGUGGGAGAGUGGAGGGUCCAAGGACGACUUGAGACAGAUGCAGAGGAGAGGGAGCAACAAAUCAUCAUUCACAACAGAACCACCCCUUCGGCAUACUGGUCAGGACCCCACUAUCGGUAUCACACGGUAUGGGUGUAUUUCCACAGCACCGUACUCUGUGGGGUGUAUGCACAAUUUGUAUCAAUGUACUGUCGUGCAAUGAUCCAUUGA